AAAAAUUCACAAGGGCCUCUUAACCACCCCCCCUAGAUCCUGUUAUAGACUGUUAGACACGCCGCGCCGAGGGAGUUUUUAUUUUUAUUUUUUUUAUAGUUACAUACAGUUAAAGCUACAAUGCUAUACCUCGUUGGCCUCGGCCUUUCAGACGAGACAGAUAUCACUGUCAAAGGUCUCGAAAUAGUCAAGAGGGCCUCGCGCGUAUAUCUCGAAGCGUACACCAGCAUUCUCCUAGUAGAUCAAUCCACCUUGGAGAGUUACUAUGGCCGUUCCAUUGUAGUCGCCGACCGCGAAAUGGUCGAGUCAAACAGCGAUGAGAUUCUUCGCAACGCCCAAGCAGAAGAUGUAGCCUUCCUUGUCGUUGGGGAUCCUUUUGGCGCAACAACGCAUACGGAUAUUGUCCUUCGUGCGCGCGAGCUCUCCAUUCCCGUCCAAACCGUUCCCAAUGCCUCCAUCAUGUCGGCGAUCGGCGCCACUGGGCUCCAGCUGUAUAACUUUGGCCAGACCGUGUCCAUGGUCUUCUUCCUGGACAACUGGCGCCCAGCUUCGUUUUACGAUCGCAUCAAGGAGAACAGAGACAUCGGACUCCACACUCUCGUCUUGCUCGACAUCAAAGUGAAGGAACAGAGCUUGGAGAACAUGGCCAGGGGAAGGAUGAUAUACGAGCCGCCUAGGUACAUGACGGUUGGCCAAUGCGCACAGCAGAUGCUCGAGAUUGAGGAGGAGAAGGAGGAGGGAGCCUACGGGCCCGAGAGUCUGGCCAUCGGCGCCGCGAGGGUGGGCGGGAGGACAGAGAAAUUCGUCGCCGGAACAUUGAGGCAGUUGUGCGAUGCCGACGACGCUUUGGGGCCGCCGUUACAUAGCUUGGUGCUGCUUGGUAGAAGGGCACACGAGCUAGAGAGGGAUUAUGCGCGUCAAUUUGCUGUGGACAAGGAGAUAUGGAACACAAUCUGGGCUAGAGACUACAGCAAGCAAUGAGUAGCAUAUCACCGGCGUAGCUAUUUUAUGAAAGAACUACAUAUAUUGGCCAAGGCUCUUCGGCCUCGGUUUUCUCUU